AUGCCAGACCAAAUUGCCGCCACCGAACCCCCGAGCUUUAUGGCCUAUUCCAAUGCCGAAACCAGCGCCUCCAGCUACGCCACCCACAAAAACAACUUUGACAAGUCUAUGCGCCAGCUCGACACCUUGAAGUUCACCCGUGGAGAAGGUCCCGACGAGAGGAAGCUCUUGCAACUUUUGGAACGGCAGGUGGGGCUGGUGAAGGCGAAGCAGUAUAUGAAUGCCAAGUUUGGUUCUGGGACUCUUCAAUAUGUCGCAGGACUGUACACCAUGAUGGCUGCGUCUAUUGCCGAAGAGAUCUCAGUCGGGAUCAAGAGAUACGGCUAUAUCCCCACUGCGAAACAUCAACUGCUCUAUAGCGUCAUCGAUGAGGGAGACAUCGUCAUCAACACAUUCUCCCGUCUCAAUAUCCGGAAGCUGAGCCCGAAGGGCUUGAACACCAAGUGGAAGACCGAGGAUGUGUACGAUCCUCUUGUGCAUCUCGUUACGAGGCUGACCACGUUGAUGGUGAACUGGGGGGUGCCAAUUACGGCCCCGCAGGAAGCCUCGUCCACGUGGAUCCCACGAUUGAGCUCACGCUGGGAGUUGGAUCUCGCGAACGCGACGAAGAAGAACUCGUCUUCGAGGCAGGACUGCACUGUUCAGUAA